GUGCGCAGAGUAAAAAAUAAGGUGCGCUGAGAUAUCCCGUAACUUUUUUAUCGGAUAACUUGUAUUUAUUUUUUCCCAACCCGCCUCUGCUUCUCAGAUAACUCCUCCGGCCAUCAACCCCACAACCUUUGACUAUCACCUUCUCCGGCUGGCAAUCCCACCCCUACUUCCGAUUGUUCAAAGCUCAUCAUUCUACCAAAGAUGUUCAUUAUUAGUUUAUCAUAGGUAUUGCUUCAGAUUUGUUUUUGUUCAUUCAUGAUGAGUUCGAACACUAAUCAUUAUUCGUGAAUAAGGUGAAUCGAUUUUUGCGCAAGGCCUAUAUAGUAGUCUGAAGCUUCACGAUAUGUUGUUUUCUCCGAAGAAUAUAUUUUGUACUAUUUAGGAUAAUUUCUUAAAAUAAUAUCCCCUCCAAACUCCAACGCAUCCAAAACCCAUUAGGCUAUGAGCAACCCGGGAAGGUAAAAUCUGUGUGUACACCUUUUUUGUACACUUUUUGUGUUCACCCCCUAUUCUGCCUGUACAUAGGCAAUUUGUCUAACAAGUGUACAGAAAGUCUACAAAAAGGUGUGCACAAAGCAGCUGUCACCCGGGAAAGAUCUGAAAUCAAGCGACGCGAGUUCCCAUCAGAGUUGUAUCUAUUGUUGACCUCUGUCAUUCGUCUCCGCCCUUCCGCAGUGAAAAGCCUCCAAAAACUGGUUAAGUCGACGCAGCAAGGCACAGAAACCAAAUUGAUCCACACCCUGUCGCCCGUUCUCCGGCUUGCACUACUCGACACUAUUGAGUUGUCUUACAAUUGAAGCACAUUGGUUGAGUUGUGUAGGAAGGGAAGCCGAUUUUUAAAGAAAGGUUCUGAAAUAUGCUUCAGAUUAAGCUCAGAAAACCAUCCAGCGAGGGUGGGGGUUCGACAAAGCAGCUACCUUCUGAUAGCAUUACUGUUGCAUGCCCUGAUCACCUUGUCUUAGCAGAUCUUCCAGUUGCUAAGAGCCUUGGUUUGGCAAGUGGCACUGCUAUUUUAAAACCUGUUGGUCGGAAAUCCCGUCGUCAGCUUGGAGAGCGGGUUCAUUUUUGUGUUCGUUGUGAUUUUCCUAUUGCCAUCUACGGGCGUCUGAGCCCUUGCGAGCAUGCAUUCUGUUUAGAUUGUGCACGAAGUGAUUCCCUCUGCUACCUAUGUGAUGAACGCAUUCAGAAGAUUCAGACAAUUAAGUUGAUGGAGGGAAUUUUCAUCUGUGCAGCUCCUCACUGUCUUAAGUCCUUUCUGAAGAAAAAUGAAUUUGAGUCUCAUAUUCAUGGAAACCAUGCCGACCUUCUUCACCCAAGUGCAGGAAAAAAUACUAAUGUGUCGGACACUAGCAAUGCUAGAAAACCUGCAGCAUCAGAAUCCACUGUACAAGCACCUCUCAGGUCUGCAUUCUCUCCCAGUCCGGGCUCCCAGGCUUAUGAUCGCGAAGACAAAGCUCAGCAUAUGUCAUCAAAACCACCUUCUACUGGAAAAAUGCAGAAUUAUCAAACAGAUCAGCCAGCUGAUAGUAAUCCUCCUCCAGGUUUUGAGAGGUCUGGUUCUCAGAAUCAAUUUUCUCAGC